CUGGUCGGUUAGGAGUAGAGGAGAAGCUGAGAAGCCCCCUCCCAGAGCCCCGGCAGUCGGCCCCUUUAAGGUGCCGCGCUCUACGAAGUGCGGGCGGGGAGCCCGGGAGCCGGCGCGGGGCCAGGCAGCCGGGUGGGGAAGUCCUGCCGUCCUCCUCCCCACACUGCGCCCGCAGCCAGGCUUGCGGGGCCCGUGCGCCCUCCGUCCUACGCGCACGGGCGGACCAUGCGGUGGCUCUGAGCCAUGUCCUCCUCCUCCUACGCCAAGAACGGGCCGGCGGACGGGCCGCCCUCCCCCGCCUCGCAGGUGGCCCGAGGCACCACAACCCGGAGGAGCAGGUUGAAAAGAUCCGAUGGCAGCACCACUUCGACUAGCUUCAUCCUCAGACAGGGUUCAGCAGAUUCCUACACGAGCAGGCCGUCUGACUCCGAUGUCUCUUUGGAAGAGGACCGGGAAGCGAUUCGGCAGGAAAGAGAGCAGCAAGCAGCUAUCCAGCUUGAGAGAGCAAAGUCCAAGCCUGUGGCAUUUGCUGUGAAGACGAAUGUGAGCUAUUGUGGCGCCCUGGACGAGGAUGUGCCUGUUCCAAGCACGGCCAUUUCUUUCGAUGCCAAGGACUUUCUCCAUAUUAAAGAGAAAUACAACAAUGAUUGGUGGAUAGGAAGGCUGGUGAAGGAGGGCUGUGAGAUCGGCUUCAUCCCAAGUCCGCUCAGGUUGGAGAAUAUACGGAUUCAGCAAGAGCAAAAACGAGGCCGUUUCCACGGAGGGAAAUCAAGUGGAAAUUCUUCCUCAAGCCUGGGAGAAAUGGUAUCAGGGACAUUCCGAGCAACUCCCACAUCAACAGCAAAACAGAAGCAAAAAGUGACGGAGCACAUUCCUCCUUAUGAUGUCGUGCCAUCAAUGCGCCCUGUGGUGUUAGUGGGGCCAUCUCUGAAAGGUUAUGAGGUAACAGACAUGAUGCAGAAAGCCCUCUUUGAUUUCCUGAAACACAGGUUUGAUGGGAGGAUAUCAAUAACGAGAGUGACAGCUGACAUUUCUCUUGCUAAGAGAUCUGUGCUAAAUAAUCCCAGCAAGAGAGCAAUAAUUGAACGUUCGAACACCCGGUCCAGCUUAGCGGAAGUACAAAGUGAAAUUGAAAGAAUCUUUGAGCUGGCAAGAUCUUUGCAACUGGUUGUACUUGAUGCAGACACAAUCAAUCACCCAGCACAACUUAUCAAGACUUCUUUAGCACCAAUUAUUGUUCAUGUAAAAGUCUCAUCACCAAAGGUUUUACAGAGGUUGAUUAAGUCUAGAGGAAAGUCCCAAAGUAAACACUUGAACGUUCAACUGGUGGCAGCUGAUAAACUUGCACAAUGCCCCCCUGAGAUGUUUGAUGUUAUAUUGGAUGAGAAUCAGCUAGAGGAUGCGUGUGAACACCUGGGAGAGUAUCUCGAGGCGUACUGGCGUGCCACACACACAACCAGCAGCACCCCCAUGACCCCUCUGCUGGGGAGGAAUUUGGGCUCCACAGCAUUGUCACCAUAUCCCACUGCAAUUUCUGGAUUACAGAGUCAGCGAAUGAGACACAGCAACCAUUCUACAGAGAACUCCCCAGUUGAAAGAAGAAGUCUAAUGACCUCUGAUGAAAACUAUCACAAUGAACGGGCUCGGAAGAGUAGGAACCGCUUGUCUUCCAGUUCCCAGCAUAGCCGAGAUCAUUACCCUCUUGUGGAAGAAGAUUACCCUGACUCCUACCAGGACAGUUACAAACCCCAUAGGAACCGAGGAUCACCAGGGGGAUAUAGCCAUGACUCUCGCCACAGGCUCUGAGUCUGCCAAAACAAAAACACACUCAUCUGUUGACAGUUUGCCAUAGCACUGCUAGAAUAACCCAGUCAUCUUAACUUGGCAAGCCAGCACAACUACCAUGCUUACAGGUUGUUGUAAUUUGAUGAGGCAAAAAAAGGGGGGCAAAAAAAAGUAUAUUAUGCCCUUGUUGCUAGAUGGAUAUUAGAUGCCCAGUCAUAUAGAUAUUUUCAAGUGCAACAUUUACAGGAUAGCAGUACCUUUUGUUUUCUUCAUAAAUUUAGACACAUCAAUUUGUAAUUUAGGGUACUUAUCAAGGCACAUAUAAAAUAAUAAUUUCCCAUGCUGGAAAUUCCAAAUGACCAGUUCCAGUUGGAACCAAUUUAUAAACCAAUUCCUGUUGGAAUUUGGGUGAAUUGACUAGAAAGUCUACUUGAGCAUGUUGCAAUCAGUUGAAAAAUCUAAAAAAAAAAAAAAAAAAAAAAACCAAACCCACAAUCAUCAAGAAAAUCAAAGUACCAAUAGAAGUCAAAACCAGCUAUGAUAUUUAUUUGCUGGAAGCUAAAUUAUACUUAAAUUUGGAAUGUAUAAACAUUUUAACACAUGUUAAUAUUGCUGGAUGACUUUUCAGAUUUACCAAAUAUAUUGAUAGUGCCAAAAAAAUUUCAGAAAUCUUAAUGCAGAAAUUUUAUUAUAGUCUCCUCAGAUUUUACUAUUUUUAUUUCUUUCCUGGCACAGCUGUUGUUUUCAGAGCAUUUUGCUUUUUUUGCUGUUGUUGUUUUGUUUAGUUAGUACUGUUAGCAUGUUUGAAAAAAAUUAAAAGUGUAUUCAGAAUUAAGUGAGAGAGAAAGUUCAAGGAAAGCCCAAUCAUUGCUGUCUGUAUUGAAUGGAAAAUGGGGUGGUAUUUCCCCUUCUAAUCUAUCUGAACAUAACUACAUACGUUCAGGAAUGUGCAGGAAUCUGGUCCAGGUCCUUCUUGAACACAAUGCUGAGCAUCUCCAGUUGGGGAUUUAUCUGUCCUGCCUGAUGCAAACAUGGGGUCAGUGUUUCCUGCCAACACAAUUGAGUAUGUUUUCAUUGCUUCAUGCAGUGUCUGUCUUUGAAUAUCUGAAUGUGCUAGAUCUUCACCAAAUUCUUAAAUCAUGUCAAGGAUUUCUUGACAUGGAUGUAUUCAACUUUGAUGUUGAAAGCUGGUUUUUUCACAAAACAACCAAUUGAAAGAAGUAAAAACAAGUGGUCAGUUUAAAAGCUUCCAUUCAAAAGUAAACUGGCAGAUUCAAGAUAUAUUUUUUCAAUAAAAUCACAGCAAUCUUAAUGCAAGGAUUAUAAAAAAGAAUUUGGAGGUUGAACUGCCUUAUUUCUAAUGAACAUUAGAGCCCCUUACUAAGUUUUCAGUUUAAUUUCCCCCCAGUGGCUGUAAUUAUAAAAUGGUGACCUGUGUCUCACAAAGGAAGCCUUAGAUUCCCUGUGAUUUAAGAAACUAUUGAAAAUGACUUUUUAUAUAAUAUAUGCUAGUCUUUACAUAAUGCAGUUUCUAAAACCCCAAGAAGACCCAUCAUAAAGUUGUUUUUUAUUAGUCCAUAUUUUAGAGCCUACUUUGAAAGCAAAAACUAAUUUUUAUCACUUAACCAUUUCAAUACCUACUUUCUCACAGCAUGAACAAGUUAGUAAUUGUUCUGAUCAUGAACAUACAGUCCAUGUUCUUGAUUAGUUAUCUGUAUCUUGAACCUCUUCGUAGCCUCACUACGUGCCCUUUCUGUAUUCACCCUGAGUACUGCACAUGAACCUGUUUAGCUAAUUAUGAGGAUGCCUAUAAUUCUGUCAGUCAUCUCAAACAUUUGAUACAAUUACAAAACAUGGGCUUGGUAAAUUUUGCAAGUUAACAUGUGAGAACUGGCUUAUGAGGUUCUUUUGUCACCUAGUGAAGCUGACAGAACUUUCAGUUUAAGACUUAAAAGAGCCGUAUCCAUUAGGCACCUUAAUAAACACAUAACCUGCCAUUACUGAAUACUUUGUUAGAACACAGAAAAGCAUUUUCCAGCAAACAAAAAUAUAUUUAUUACAUGUACAGCACAUAUUUGCAUGAGAAAGAAAACAUUAGCCAAAACAUUUUUCUAUAUGCUUUACUGGUUUCUUGUUUGUGCGCACUAAAGUAUUUAAUUGCAAAAAGUACACCAAGGUGUAUCAAUGUAGACUAGGCAGCUGUUCAGCUUUUUCUGUAGUGGCAUUAGCAAUUUGGUCAUUUAAAUACUUUAUGAUAUAUACAUUUUAUGGCAGGUAGGUAUGACAGAAUUUACAUAUAUUUCCUAGGUAACAAGAUUAUCAUCUUAUUUCAACUGUUUUAAAUCAAGUCACUUAUUUUGAAAGGCCUCCCAAAGCCUUGUUUGUACUCUUCCAUGUCAUGCUGGUAAAGACAGAGGCCCAUUCAAUAUCUGUGCACAAAACUAACCUAUCAUUUACCAUCAAGUGUCCAUUCUUAUUUUGCUUUGGUUUUUUACUCAAAAGUUAACAAUCUUGGAAGGGGUAUAAGAUAUAGUUUCUUAAUGAAUAUGUUUAAAAUUUUACUUUGAUUUGUUAUAUUCUUUCACCUUCAUUCUCUAGUAAGUUUAUCCUCUCCAAAUGAAUAAGAAAUACCCAUCUUUCCACUUUUUUUUAAACCUUAGAGUUUAUUGUGUAAAUUAUACUAAAAUCCAGAUAUAUACUAAAUGGAAAGCUUUAUUUUUGCCACACAUACUGAGUAUCUUCAGAAAGUACACAUUCCACAAAUAUUUUCUUGCGAUAUUAUUUAAAUAUAGCAAAUGAUUAUGAGCCAGAGAAACAAGUCACAAAAUGUUUUGAGGCUGUUUUAGCUUGUAGUAUAAACUACAUAGAAUUCUGUCAUCCUGAGCAACAUUUAAUAAUGUAGACUCAUGUGCCAAUGUUAAAAUGUAGUGCUGGAAAAAAGGAGGAGAGCAAUUUGUCAAUCCUGAUGUCACCUCUCAAGGCUAUCAUGUGAGAAAGCGUGACUCCAAUGUUAUAAUAAACAAUAUAUAUUGUUUUAUGUCAAUAUUUCAAGCAACUCUUAGAAGUGCUUCUGAGUGACUCAUGAUUCACUUAUCUGUAUACAGUUCUGUUGGAAAGAAGGUUAAACUUGUUAACAGUUUAGACUGAUGUUUCUCAAUAAGUCUUAAUUUUGUGCAAGUCAUUGCAUUCGUCCUUAAUGAAAUGAAUCUUGAAAAAAGGUGAAACAAAUUCUGAGGCAAUUAUUGUUCCCUUAAUUUGUUGUUUAUUAUUGUUGUUUGCAAAAUGUAUUUUUGAAAUGUUAACAUUGAUACCUGCAUACUUGAACUUGUCUUUUGUGUGGGGGCCUUAAAAUUCAAAUAGGAAGUGGGGGCAAUGAAAGAGAGUAAACUAAGGAAAUUAGGCCAGAAGAUGGUUUUUAUGUUUGACUCUUUAGAUGAACAUAUCACAAAAUGUUGUUGAGGCCCAGGGUGUCAGUUAAGAAUGUUUCUAGGCAAUCUUAAUUUGCAUGUUAGCACAUUCUCUCCAUUAUACAAUAUUAUUUUCAUAUUUGCUAAAACAGUGUAAUACUAUAUGAGUUACCCUAUAUAUAACUAUUUAUACUACCUCUUCUACAGAGAAGACAACUUGUCUUUAAAGGGAAAACUCUUUGUCAACAAAUAGUAAUAAAAUUUAUGCUGUUCCUGUUGACCUUGCUGCAAAGCUGAUUGAAUCAAGUGUCCAGAUACGCUUUUCCUUUAGGUUUUAAUCACUU